AUGUCCGGAAUCAACACUGCCAAGCGCUCUUUCUGGAAGAUCUGGUACAAGCCCGAGAUUAUCCCAAUCUAUAUCACAGUCGGUGGUGCCUGCGGUUUGGCUGGUUGGUACCUCACUCGCUUGGCUCGUGGCCCUGAAGUAGUGUGGAAUCGUAAGAAAAACCCCUAUCCUUGGCAGAACAUUGAUCAGGAUACCCAAGUCAAGCUCAUGACUGUAAAUCAAAAGUUUGAUAAGAUAUACUCUCGCGAUCGCCUUUAA